AUGGCAUCGCAGGUCAAGAGCGAUCUCCCCGUGGCCGCCGAGCAGGGCUUCAAGGACGCCGCCUCCUACGACGCGCACCGCCCCUCCUACCCGCCCGAGGCUGUCGAGGCUUUCCUCUCCAAGCUCAAGGUCGCUCACCAGCCGGGCGCCAAGAUCGUCGAGAUCGCCUCCGGCACCGGCAAGUUCACCGAGCUCCUGGCCCGGAGGCCCGAGGGCUUCGCCGUCAAGGCCGUCGAGCCCCACCACGGCAUGAGGGAGAAGCUUGUGCAGAAGCGCCUGUCCGGCGUUGACGUCGUCGAGGGCAAGGCCGAUAAGGUGCCCGUCGACGAUGAAUGGGGCAAUGCCUGCAUCGCUGCUCAGGCAUUCCACUGGUUCGCCACCCCGGAGGCGCUGAAGGAGAUCGACCGCGUGCUGAAACCCGGGGCUGUGCUUGGCGCCAUAUGGAACAUCGAGGACUACAACAAACCCCGUUCCUGGGACGCGUCCACCAAAUGGGAGCAGAAGCUGAACGACUUCGUCUGGUCGCUUGACGACGGCCUGCCCCGGUUCAGACAUCAGAAAUGGAGAGACGUAUUCCAAGAGCAGUUGCCGGGGAACCCGCUCCGGGCCAUCAGGGACACCUUGACCAAUAGCCUGCCCAACUUCACGCUCCCGCUCGGCGAAGAUACCGUCAAGUGGACGGUCUGGCUGGGCGAGGAAGCACUGGCGUCGCGACUCAACACCCUGAGCCAGAUUGCCGUGCUCAAGGGAGAGAAGCGGGCGGCCUGGGUCCGGCUCUUCGAGGAGACCAUCCGAGGUGACGACGUGGAAAGAAACGAGAAGGGUGAGAUCGCCGUCCACGGGCUCACCUACUUUUUCUGGACGGAUAGAUUAUAG